AUGGAUCCAUAUUAUCAGCAUUUUGGAGGUGAGAUGGAGAGUCGGUAUUAUCAGCCUAAUCAACCUCAAUACUAUCAUCCUGAGCCUCAGUACUAUCAUCCUCAGACUCAGUACUAUCAAUCUGGACCCCAAUAUUAUCCACCCAUAGAGCAGCCAAAUAGGUAUGAGGAUACACAAGGACAAUUCGCUGAGCCAUAUCCAGCAUAUCAGAGUCCACAGGGAUUUCAAGGAGAUUACUCACCUACUUGGCCACAUCCAGUCCAUCAGAGUGAUCGAACUCCAUGGGGAACAUUUCAAGAUGAAGCUCCUUCUCCUAAUUCAACACAGGACCUUAAAGAGAUUAUCCAGCAAAUGAUAGAGUAUCAAAAGCAACAAUUUGCAGAGAUACAAAACUUUCAGAUACAAGUAGACCAAUUUGCAUCAUCCAUUAGCCAGCAACAAGCACCAUGCUUCAGUGAGAAGAGGGAUUGUAGUGUUUUGGACAGACCUGAUCUUGAUUUUAUUACUUCACAGGACUCCUCUAAUAUUUCUUGUUAUGAUUCUGUAGUUGUAAGAAUUUCUGACUUUACUGAUACUGUUGUUGUAGAUGUAACUGAUAAUGCAGAGCCCCAAGAAUCACUUCCCUUAGAUACACCACCUGAGCCAAAGCCAGGACCAGAGCCUGAGCUACUACUUGAUUAUGAGGAGGUCACAGUUACCAUUUUAGAACCUCCAGUAAGUUGGUACUGUUGUGCUGUGGAAAAGCUGGGUUGUGAACAGAAUUUAGACUGUUAUGUGCCAAAGUUUAUAGAUUUCUUCAAUUCAAAUGCACGAAAGGCAUCAGAUUUAGCUAAACAUUCUCAGAGUUCAACUUCAAUUGUCAAAGAUUCUGGAUUCCUCAAUCCAGAAAAUUUCAAGCUUGGUUUGGUUCCCUACCACUGCAAUGGAAUGCGCUCCUCUAGCUGGUUGAAAAUGUUGGUUAUCAAUACAACUUCAAAAUAUGCUGAACAGAAGUUUCAUAAACAAAAGUUGAAGAAUUCUGUAGGAAUGAUUGAAAUUUCAUUUGAUCUCGCUGCUGGAAGUGGAGUUUCAGGAACUACUGUAGAUGAUCCAGAAUUCAAACUGGAAAAUUCUGCAUCAUCUGAUUCUGCAGAAAUGAAAUUGAUGUAUCAGCAAUUCAUGUUUGGUGUCAACAUCUGA